AUGUUUCAGUCAAACCUUUUGGAGGCUGGUCAGUUCCAUCCAUUAGAGAUGAUGCAAAACACUUCUGAAAGUGAUGUUCCGCGAAUCCGUGAAGAUGAAUGUUUCGAAAGUGCCACUAAAUCCUACAGUGAAAACCAUGAAGGUGGUGCUGCUUCUGGCGAAGAACAAGAACCACGCCCCAAAAGAAAACGUUACCACCGCCAUACUCAGCACCAGAUCCAAGAAAUGGAAUCUUUCUUCAAGGAGUGUCCACAUCCGGAUGAUAAACAAAGGAAGGAGCUAAGCAGAGAGUUAGGGUUAGAGCCAUUGCAGGUUAAGUUUUGGUUUCAAAACAAACGAACUCAGAUGAAGACACAACAUGAACGUUCAGAGAAUUCCCAGCUUAGGGCAGAAAAUGAGAAGCUAAGGGCAGAUAAUAUGAGGUAUAGGGAAGCUCUUAGCAAUGCUUCAUGCCCUAAUUGUGGUGGUCCUACCGCUAUAGGUGAAAUGUCAUUUGAUGAACAUCAUUUGAGGCUUGAAAAUGCAAGGCUACGAGAAGAGAUUGAUAGGAUUUCGGCAAUUGCAGCGAAAUACGUAGGAAAACCAGUGGUAAACUAUUCAAACAUUUCACCAUCUCUUCCACCGCGCCCAUUAGAAAUUGGUUUCGGUAACCAACAAGGGAUUGGUACCAUGGACAUGUAUGGUGGUAGUGGAGAUCUUCUAAGGACAUUAAGUGGACCCACUGCAGCAGACAAACCAAUAAUAAUAGAAUUAGCUGUUGCAGCCAUGGAAGAACUCACUGGUAUGGCACAAAUGGGUGAACCUCUUUGGUUAAGUACUACACUUGAUGGAGCUGCCUCGGUUCUUAAUGAAGACGAAUAUGUUAGGUCAUUUCCUCGUGGAAUUGGACCUAAACCUAAUGGAUUUAAAUGCGAAGCUUCUAGAGAAACUUGUGUUGUUAUCAUGAAUCAUGUCAACCUUGUUGAGAUUCUCAUGGAUGUGAACCAAUGGUCGACAGUGUUUGCUGGUAUUGUUUCACGAGCUAUGACUGUGGAAGUGUUGUCAACUGGGGUGGCAGGGAACUAUAAUGGUGCUUUACAAGUGAUGACAGCAGAAUUUCAAGUACCUUCACCUCUUGUGCCGACUCGCGAGAGUUAUUUUGUAAGGUAUUGUAAACAACAUACCGACGGGACAUGGGCAGUUGUAGAUGUUUCUUUGGAUAAUCUGCGCCCUAGUCCUUCAUCCAGAUGCAGAAGAAGGCCUUCUGGUUGCUUAAUUCAAGAAAUGCCUAAUGGCUACUCCAAGGUGACAUGGGUUGAGCAUGUAGAAGUGGAUGACAGAGGUGUUCAUAAUCUAUACAAGCAACUUGUUAGCACUGGACACGCAUUUGGCGCAAAACGUUGGGUUGCAACAUUAGAUCGACAAUGUGAAAGGCUCGCUAGCUCCAUGGCGACAAACAUUCCCACAGUAGACGUCGGCGUGAUAACGAACCAAGAAGGGAGAAAGAGUAUGCUAAAACUGGCGGAGAGAAUGGUGAUAAGUUUUUGCGGUGGAGUGAGUGCUUCAACAGCACACACGUGGACAACACUGUCUGGAACAGGAGCUGAUGAUGUGAGAGUGAUGACGCGUAAGAGUGUUGAUGAUCCAGGACGACCUCCUGGUAUUGUUCUUAGUGCUGCUACUUCUUUUUGGCUUCCAGUUCCGCCUAAACAAGUUUUUGAUUUCCUUCGCGACGAGAACUCAAGAAACGAGUGGGAUAUUCUUUCCAACGGCGGAGCAGUCCAAGAAAUGGCACACAUUGCUAAUGGAAGAGAAACCGGAAAUUGUGUCUCACUACUAAGAGUAAAUAGUGCGAAUUCAAGCCAAAGCAACAUGCUGAUAUUACAAGAGAGUGUAACAGAUUCAACAGGCUCAUUUGUUAUCUAUGCACCAGUAGAUAUUGUUGCUAUGAAUGUAGUUCUAAAUGGAGGAGAUCCAGAUUAUGUAGCACUUCUUCCAUCCGGAUUUGCUAUACUUUCGGAUGGAAAUGGAAGUGAUGAAUCUGGAGCACAAGCUAGUGGUGGAUCGCUUUUGACGGUUGCGUUUCAAAUAUUGGUUGAUUCUGUUCCAACUGCUAAACUUUCUCUUGGAUCUGUUGCUACGGUUAAUAGUCUUAUUGCUUGUACUGUUGAGAGAAUCAAAGCUUCUUUAUCUGGUGAAGCUGCUUAA